AUGUUUAGCGGAAAAUUUAUUUCAUCGUUUGCUGUUUUAAUACCAACUACUUCCUCGAAUUCUAAUGUUGCAAGAAGAAAAUCAUGGCUUCUUUUGGUACAAUUCAACAACUAUGCUAGCAGCGUCAAAAACAAAAGUCAAACAGGAAGUAGACGUUGCUGGAAGUGCAACAGUGAGAUAAGAUCAGGGGUAGAGUUCUUCUGCCCCUCUUGCAAUAUCAUUCAAAUGCCACCGAGGAAGGUGACUUAUUUUGAGCUAAUGGGGAGGUAAUGAAAUGUCAGCUGUUAAUUCACAUGUCAUUCUUCCUUUCAGCCAAUCGCAUUUUAGAUAAUGAAGGUGUAAAAGGUCAAAGGUGAGAAUAAAACAAAUAUUCCCUAGGACUGGGAUGCUGUGGGCUGAGAGAAUUUGUGUGGCUCCACCAAAAAUCUUGAAAUUUUUUCUUUUUUAACAACUGAAAGUGAACAAAACUUAGCAUGGUGCAUCUGGGCUCCUAGCUGUCUUACUUAAAACUUGAUACAGUACCUUGAUGAUGAUUGUCUUGGUAUGAAUUGGUGAAUGCCACAACAGACCCAGAAUAUCAUAUGUUGUCAAGCAGGCAUUUAUAGGGAAGUGGUUAAAACUUCCCUUUCACAACUUUCAGAGAGGAUAGAGAGAUACAGGAGAUAUAAAAAUGAAUAUCUCAAUUUUGUGUCCCUUUUGUAAGCCUACUCAAUACAAUAUAAUGUGUGAUCCUGGGCUUGUGCUUGAAAUACUAACAAGUUAUAAUUAUUUCUGUUGAUGCAGUCCCACAUCAUUUGACAUUGAUACCAGGCAGCUGACCCGACGUUAUAAAGAAUUACAAUGGAAACUACACCCUGAUAAAUUUAGUGAUCUAUCCAAGGUAUUUUCAAUGACUUUGACAAACAAAGCUGAUCAAAAAACGUUUGACAAAAUUUUUAGUUUCUAAUUGAAAUCAAUGUAUAACUUAUAAUUAUAUCAAUUUACUUUGAUUUCAUCACAGAAAGAGCAAAGCUUAUCUGAGGAACAAUCAUCUUUGGUAAAUGAAGCUUACCAAACUCUUCUAAAGCCACUUACUAGAGGGCUUUACCUGGUAUGUUCAUGUGAUGUAUCAACCCUUUGAACCUAAGAGUGACUAACAUCUAAUUUCUCCUUACAGUAUUACCCCUGAAUUACACAUUGAAAUCAUGAGAAUAAAAGAAAAUGAUCAGGGACUAAAGCAGCUCUUGAUUGUUAUCCAGAUUCUCCUUGUCAGCACCUAAGGAAAUGUACAGAGAACAGCAUGGAGAAUAUGUAUGCUGAUGUUAGGGUGUAAAGGGUUGAGUUCACUUGUUAACAUACAAUACCUUAACCCUUCUGUCUCCCCCCCCCCCCUCAAGAUAUAGGUAUCAAUUCACUUCAUUGUCUGUCAUACGUUUCCAAUAACUUUAGCUCUUUGAAUAUGGUUCUGUAUAGAAUCAAAGAAAAUUACUUAAUUUAAACUCAAAUUUCUUGUUCUAGUUAAAUUUAAAUGGAAUACCUAUAACAGAAGAUCAAGCCAGUUCUACUGACACAAAAUUCUUGGCUCUAGUAAUGGACAAAUAUGAAGAAAUUUCAUCAAGUGAGAAAAAGUUAAAGGAAAUCAAAAAAGAAAAUAAUGGUAAGGACUUUUGAGAAAAAUGGAAUAAUGUAAGUCCAUGAUACUUCUUCUCUCCAAAAGAGGCACUUGUCCCAGCCAUCAUAUGGUACAGUUACUUACGAACUUAAUUUUUCAUUUUUAGGCGACCUGGAAAAGUCUGUUAAAAAGGUUUCAAAGGCUUUUGAGAGAGGUAAAUAAAGGUUUUGGGGGGAUUUUAAAUUAUUUAUCUCUCUGCAAAUUAGACAGACUCAGUAUUGUUAUCAAGAAUUCCUCAGUAGAAAACGUUUUUUUCAUUUGAUUUUUGUCAAUUUUGUCUGCUGAAUUACUGAACAGUUAAGCACCAUAAAGGAUUAUAGUACUUAGUGAACACAUAACAAGUUCCUCGGCCAAUCAGAUACGGUUCUACUCUUUUGUGGCAGACAUAACUGGAUGUAGCUGACUGUGGGCCUCAAAGAAAACAAAUGCUUGGCAUUAAUUUCGGUCUAUCAAUUGAGACUUCCGUCAUCAUGAUGAUAAAACAAGGUUAGGUCUGCAUGGAGGAAUCUGUAUGCAAAAACUGUCCAAAGGACAAAAAAUUAACUCAGUAAGUAAAGAAUCUGACCACAAAAUUAGAGGGCUUAGUUUCAAAUUCUCACAGAUGACUUGGAUCUUCUCUUUUUCCCUCACUUUUGACAAAUACUAAAGGGGUGUUACUUAAAGAAAAGAUCAGAAAACUCGUAUUCAUAUUUAUGUUUAUAGGCUUUGUUUAGGUGCUUAUAGAAAUGUCUGUUUGCCUUCAACUUUAUCUCGUGCAUCUUGUUAUUUUUAGGAGACCUAGAGACAGCAAGGAAGGAGGUGGUGAAGCUUAAAUAUUUCUCUAAAAUUGAUGAAUUUAUUAAAGACAGAGAAGGCUGGGAUUGAUACGACAAACAGAAAGAAAUACCGAACAAGAACAGGCAGCUUGCCAAAAAGGAAAUUCAAACUGAAGAGAGACACUACAAAGGAGAUUACUCUUGUAGAGUUGCUGUUCUCUAACGCAGUUUAUCAUCUAAAACUUUCCAAAGAGUGGAGAGGAGACAAGAGUGAGGAUUCUCUCUGCGCUAGUUUUUUGAUCGAAGUCAAACGGCUCAGGCAUGAAAUUUAUUUUAUAAAAGAAGUUCAAAUAUGAGGAUAAAGAUCCAAAAGAAACGUCAGUACUUUUGUGAUCUAAGUUGUUGUUAAGACUAUGAAAAAAAACCACUACUAAAAAUCUCCCAUACAAUUCCACACAAUAGAUAAACUGAAAGAGCAUUUUGUAGUAUGCUGUUGGUAUAAAUCACUCAAAUGUCGUUUAUCUUAACUACGGAGACGUUGAAAGGGAAUAUUGGAUAGCCUUAUUUCCUUGUUAUUUUAUCAUAGUACUUGAGUUAAUAAAGAAGAGAGGUCGAAAUGGGUGUGAAAUCUAUAGCUGGUUAGCAACGUUUGUAGCCUCUGUAGGUUUAUAGCAAUAUCCAGCGCACGCAGUCCUAACACAUUACCAAUUCAAAUAACUUUCCUGUUUUUAAUGGGAGGCGUGUCAAUCUCUUAAAGAGAAAUAAAAAGCGAAUACAAG